AUGUCCAACGACGACUCUUCUUUCGGCGAGCUCGUCCUCCUCAUAGGGGAUAUGUACAUUCCUGAACGGGCCAGGGAGCUCCCCCUAUGUUUUAGGGAAUUACUGAAUACAGACAAGAUAAGCACUGUGCUGUGUACAGGGAACAUAGGCUCUAGUAAGGAGAUGCAGGAGAAUGUCAGAGUCAUGGGCCAGCAGUCCAUCUACGUCGUGAGGCCUGACAUCGACGGUGAUAAAGCUCUGCCGGAGUACAUCACCUGUAAGGUUGGAGAUUUCCGAGUUGGCUUGAUCCAUGGACACCAGAUAACCCCUCAAGGGGAUCUAGAAGCAUUGAGCAUGUGGCAGAGGAAGCUCGAUGUAGACAUCUUAGUGUACGGCUCCCCUCAUCUGCACGGUAUCACUGAGCAUCGGGGUAAAUUCUUCAUCAACCCGGGCUCAGCCACCGGUGCGUAUGAUCCUAAUUUGCUAGGGUCACAGGCCGCUGGGGUUCGUCCAGAUGGCACCACUAUUCCUGCGUUCAUGCUCAUGGCCGUACAAGGAUCCAAUGCUGUGGUUUAUGUGUAUCAAGAGAUCGAUGGGAAAGCUGAUGUUGGUAUGUCAGAGUUCAAGAAGUGCGUCGAUAAAGAUGUUUCCGCUGACCACCAGUGA